AAAUCGUCCAAAACCGCCUUGUUCAACCGGCCAGUCUUACGCUCUUGAAACUCAAUUCUGUCCUUGUUAUUGCUGCCUACCUGCAAAUACAAAAAACAAACAGCAAACAUGGCGUCGGCAAUUAAGAGUGCCCUCCCCUCGCACCUCAAGCCCUCCAACGGCGACGAGGCCGAGUUCUCCAAGAGACAUCAUGGCAAGACAAGGUCUCACAUGGCUUUCGAAAACACAUCGACCAACAUCGCGGCCGCCCAGAUGCGCAAUGCGCUCACGCAGCUCGCCGAGAGCGUCAACAACCCCGAACAGAAGAAGUUGUUCGAGACGGAGAUGGACAACUUCUUCUCGCUCUUCCGCAGAUAUCUGAAUGACAAGGCUAAGGGCAACGAAGUAUCGUGGGAUCGCAUUGCCCCUCCUGCCCAGGGUCAAGUCGUCGACUACGAGGACCUUGCAAACUCGGAGUCGGUCGGCUUCCUCAACAAGCUUGCCGUGCUCAAGCUCAACGGUGGUCUCGGAACCUCCAUGGGCUGCGUCGGCCCCAAGUCGGUCAUCGAAGUCCGUGAUGGCAUGUCUUUCCUGGAUAUGUCGGUGCGCCAGGUCGAGCACCUGAACCGCACCUAUGGAUCUAACGUGCCCAUCAUCCUGAUGAACUCGUUUAACACGGACGAGGACACGGCGGCCAUUAUCAAGAAGUACGAGGGCCACAACGUGGACAUCCUCACCUUCAACCAGUCUCGCUAUCCCAGAAUCUUCAAGGACUCGUUGUUGCCUGUCCCCAAGUCAUACGACUCGCAGCUCCACGACUGGUACCCGCCCGGACACGGUGACGUCUUCGAGUCUCUGUAUAACUCUGGCAUUCUCGAGAAGCUUAUCAGCCGGGGCAUUGAGAUUAUCUUCCUGUCUAACGCGGACAACCUUGGUGCCGUAGUCGACCUCCGCAUCCUGCAGCACAUGGUGGAGAGCGAUGCUGAGUAUGUUAUGGAGCUGACUAACAAGACCAAGGCCGACGUGAAGGGUGGCACCAUCAUCGACUACGAGGGCGGCGUGCGGCUCCUGGAAAUUGCCCAGGUGCCCAAGGAACAUGUCAACGAGUUCAAGUCGAUCAAGAAGUUCAAGUACUUCAACACCAACAACAUCUGGAUGAACGUCAAGGCCAUCAAGCGCGUCGUGGAGAACGACGAGCUGGAGAUGGAGAUCAUCCCCAACGGGAAGACCAUCCCUGGCGACAAGAAGGGCGAGUCGGACGUCAGCAUUCUGCAGCUCGAGACGGCUGUGGGUGCCGCUAUCAAGCACUUCAAGAACGCGCACGGUGUCAACGUGCCCCGUCGCCGCUUCCUGCCCGUCAAGACGUGCUCUGACUUGAUGCUCGUCAAGUCGGAUCUGUACACCGUCAAGCACGGCCAGCUCCAAAUGAGCACCAGCCGCUUCGGCGACGCGCCCCUGAUCAAGCUCGGCAGCGAUUUCAAGAAGGUGUCGGACUUCCAGAAGCGCAUCCCCAGCAUCCCCAAGAUCAUCGAGCUCGACCACCUGACUAUUACGGGUGCUGUCAACCUCGGCCGCGGCGUCACCCUCAAGGGUACCGUCAUCAUUGUGGCGACCGAGGGUCAGACCAUCGACGUGCCUCCCGGAUCUAUUCUUGAGAACGUGGUGGUGCAGGGCAGCUUGCGUCUGCUUGAGCAUUAAGCAUAUUCACGGAGCAAGGGAGAAAGAAAAAAAAGGAAAGAGGCGUCUUCAAUGAACUGUCGAUUCAUUGUCUUUUCGUUUAAAUGUUAAUGGGGUCUAUUACCGUUGAUUUUAUGCUUUUUUCUGCCGCCCCAGCGAUCACGCCAUCCCCUUUUGGUUAUGCGCGCAUGGUGAUACAGCUACCUAUCUAGUUUUAAUAGCCAGUUUACACUUUUUGGUCCAUGAUUUUCGUUUGGCUGUAUCUGUGUCUAUGUGAAUUGGCUGAGUCGAUGGUGGUCUGCCAUUUCUUGGAGCAUAAUGUUUCGGACUGAACACAUUACCUUACAUAGG